AUGUACUGUAGCUUUCUCUCUAUACUCUCUUCUCCUUUCUUCUCACCAGCUGCCGCUUUCGGAGCAUUCAAUAUUCAGCGCGUUGACAAACGCAUAUCAAACAAGGAAAUCGAUGCAGAUCGACGAGGUCAGAAGUUGGGCAAGAGGAUCAAGGAAGAUCAGGGGAGCAUUUAUGGUAGAAGUAAAUCCAGGGCAGGGUUACCCCUCACUGCCGCUAUUAAUUGCAAAAGGAGGCAUGCCAGCUUCAUACUGUGCCUGAUCAAAUAUGUCCAAUUGCAGCCAAAGCCACCUGAUCAGCCUCCCAGUAAUGAAUUAGGAGGAGGGAGAGGAACCCUGGAGACACCAGAUAGGAAGAGAGUUAAGGAGAAGUGGGGAGAGGGAAUACAUAAAGGCCAUAAAUAG